AUGAAAAUCUUAUGUCUUCAUGGAUUCGGCACCAAUGCCUACAUUAUGAAGCAGCAGAUGGGAACACUGUUCAAAUAUUGCAAUCCCAAGUGGAGAUUUGUCUUCUUAGAGGCAGAACUAGAAUGCCCACCCGCCCAUGGGGCUGCAAAAUACCCUCCACCCUACUUCACCUGGUCAACAGAGCUCGAUCCCACAAGUAUCAGAGGUUCAUGCGACUUGGUAAAGAAAGCCUUUGAGGAACAGGGCCCUUUCGAUGGGGUCCUCGGUUACAGUUUAGGUGCGACGGUGAUAAUCAGUUAUCUCCUUGAGCAAAUAACCAGAUACCCCCAAGAGCCUCUUCCUAUAAAGUUUGGAUUCUUCUGUGCGCCAGUCCCUAUCAUAACAGGCGACGUUGCGUAUUCAGAAUCUGUUUACGGCUCUCUAUCACCGGAAGAUCUCCAACGGCUACGCUCUGCAGAUCUGGAACAACUUGAUCUGCUACCGGAACCUGCUCGAACAACUGUGUAUAAUCUGAUACACGCCGCUGGUUCCUUGGAAUCGACUCUCUGUCGGACGAGAAAGGAGUUGCUGGAUCGUCCGCUGGAAGAUAUUCCAUGUGUUUUGCACCACGAUUUUUACCCGGCACGUCUGCCUAUUCCAACAUUGCAUGCACACUCCAAGAAUGAUCCGCCUAUAUUGAAGUUGUGUGCGGAACUGGCCCAAGAGUUUUGUGAUCCUGCGUGGCGAGUGUCAUACAAACAUAGUGUCGUUCAUGGCAUUCCUCGUUCUGCUGCUGAAGCAGAGGAAAUGAUUGCUGCUAUGGAGUUGGUGGUAUCAAAAGUUCAGCACGCGAGAUUGUAA